AUGGGCGCAGAGCGCGAGGAGAACGAGCCGGCGAGCAAAGACGAUGAUGCAGCUCAACACGACGCAGCUAGUAUUGCAGACGUGUCAGUGGAGGUGGCCACAGUGGACCACACGCUGCACAAGCUCUGCAGGAAGUACAGGAAGACCAGACGGAAGCCCAAGGGACUCAAGCGGCUGUGGGCCCACCUGCUGAACACCCCCCACCUGGCUCUCAUCAUAGCGGCGGUGGUGUUUGUGGUGGUGGUGAUCGUAUGGUCCCUGCUGUGGGUCUUCUUAUUCCGCAGGGAAAGCAACAGCGGAGCGUACUUCGCCGGGAUGUUCCGUCUCGCCAACGUGAAGUUUAUCCCCGAGUACCGGCAGGCUGAGUCCCACGAGUUUGUGUCCAUGGCAAACAAAAUACAACAUGUGGUGAGAGACGUGUACAAGAUGUCCUCAGUGGCCCGACUCUACAAGCAAGCUGUGAUUUCAGACCUCAGGUACAGUGAUAAAGAUGGCGUGCUGGUGCAUUUCUGGAUGGUGUUCGUGGUCCCCCAUCUGAGGAGCGCUGCUGUGUGUGAGGAGUGUGUGGGCGUCAUCUUCAGGGACUCUGUCCACACCAGCCUCAGGAACAGGACGUCUGUCGGCUACUUACUGAGUCUUCCAGUGGACAUCGACUCCAUCCUCAUCAAUGCUGUCCUGCGCUCAGACUACUCAACAAAUGCUGGAGCCGGCUCACAGUGUGUCGAUAAGAUGCACGCCAACCAUCCUGGGGCCAGGGUCCCUCUGAACGUCUUUUCAUCGUGGGGGGGUGUGAGUUGCCACGUGAAGCUCACCGUCGCCCCCGGUUCCCUCGUCCGUCUGACCAUCACCUGGUUCCUCAUUGAGCCCAGUGACUGUGUGCAUGACGCCCUGACCGUGUACGACGCUCUGCUGCCCAUGAGAGGGCGCAUUCUGCUCAGGCUGUGUGAGCCAGUGUCCGCCUCCUUCUCCCUCGUCUCUACCUCCAACGUCAUGCUGCUCUCCUUCAGAAUGACGAGCGGCAACAAGACCUUCAGAGGACACUUUGAGGCCAUCACAGAAGAAAUUUGCAUGUCUCAAAUUGAGACCCAGUUCGAGGCAGACGUCCCUGGUCACAUCUACAGCCCCUUCUACCCCAGCCUGCUGCCCCCUCAGUGCUCCUGCACCUGGAGGUUUGAGACCUCUAAUCGUGCUUUAGGAGUCGCUCUGCAGUUUCAGAACUACAUACUGAAACCAAAGGGCAUGAAGGGCUGUGACUCCGGCUGGUGGAAAGUCAAUGAAAUCAUUUUCUGCGGCAGCUACGUGGGACACCGCACGGUGUUUCGAAUCACCGACCACAACCCAGAGGUGGAGUUUCGCUGCAGCUCACGCAACUCUGCUCAGCCGUUUCAGGCGUCAUACAGCAGCUACAACAUCAGCCGACCCUGUCCAGAGAGCCACUUCCUGUGCUCCACUGGACUGUGUGUGGAGAAGAGUCGACGCUGUGACGGCCUGGACGACUGCCAGGACGAGAGCGACGAGGUCUUCUGCUCGAGGCCCACGAGGAAAUGUGGCGGCAAAAGUCCUCCCCAUCCUCUGCUUGUGUGCAAUGGGGAGACAGACUGCACCGAUGGAAGGGAUGAGAUCAACUGCACUCAUGAAACCCCCUGCUCUGCCAUCAGGUACCAGUGCAGCAGCGGCGUCUGCAUCCUGAAGAAGAACGCUAAAUGCGAUGGAGUUCCUGACUGUCGGGACCGCAGUGAUGAGGCCGAGUGUGCCUGUGGUCGUCCGACCCCGGUAAAGAAGGUGGGCUCCUCCUCGGGCCUUGAACGCAUCGUGGGUGGCGAUAACUCCGUGGAAGGGGAGUGGCCGUGGCAGGUCAGCCUACACUUCUCUGGUAACCUUUACUGUGGCGCCUCUGUCCUCUCCUCUAAUUGGCUCAUCUCGGCUGCACACUGCUUCAGCAAAGAAAGGCUGUCAGACCCGCGUCACUGGAGCGCUCACCUGGGCAUGCUGACGCAGGGCGGUGCCAAACACGUGGCGGAGAUCCAGCGGAUUGUGGUGCACGAGUAUUACAACGCGUACACGUUUGACUACGACAUCGCCCUGCUGCAGCUGAAGAAGCCCUGGCCUUCCCAUCUCGGCGCGCUGGUCCAACCCGUGUGUCUGCCGCCGACCUCCCACACGGUCACCAAGAGCCACCGCUGCUGGGUCACCGGGUGGGGAUACCGCUCAGAGGAGGACAAGGUGCUGCCGUCAGUCCUGCAGAAAGCAGAAGUUUCCAUCAUGAGUCAGACCGAGUGUAAGAAGAGCUACGGCCCCGUGUCGUCCCGCAUGCUGUGUGCCGGGGUCCCCUCCGGAGAGAGGGACGCCUGUCGGGGGGAUUCUGGGGGUCCUCUGUCCUGUCAGGCACCGGGCGGGGGUCGCUGGUUCCUCGUUGGUAUCGUCAGCUGGGGGGCGGGCUGUGGGCGACCCAACCUGCCUGGCGUCUACACCAGGGUCAACAAGUUCACCUCUUGGAUCUACAGCCAUAUCAGCUGA